AUGCUCGUCUCUGAGAUCAGCAAUUUCCCGCAUUCACGAACGGGGGUCUUCAAAACUCUGUGCACAGUCCAACAUCAUCUUUACGGAGCUACAAUGUUGAGUGUACCUGAUAUGGCCUUAGAAGGAAGGCUUGGUAUUGAGUCUACCUACAGAAAUUCUACUGUAACUGCUGGAGCACGACCAUUGCUAUCAGCACUUGUAAGAGGAAAUAGUAAAAAGUACGAACAACAUACAUGGACAUCCAAUCACAAUCCUGCAUACAAGAAGCCGACAGCUUCCAUGAAGAAAUCUGGUCUAUCGUACAAGGUGACCCUCGUCGGAUCUAUCAUUUCUCGCGCUAUUGCUACGCUGACCGUUAAGGCGACACUACAAAGGAAUAUUGAUAGCUGA